AUGAAGACACCGAAGACAGGAAGCGGGAGACCGCGUCCUAUUGUGGCCAAAUUCGGCCACUUUAAGCAGAAGGAGCAGGUGAAGAGUCGCGGCAGAGAGCUGAAAGGAACGGACUUCAGCGUGAACGACCAGUUCCCCAGAGAGAUCCUGGAACGACGCAGGGUCCUAUCAAAGAUGGAGACGUGUGAAACAGAGCAGCAGCUGGACCCAGGUCAUGCAGCUACAGCAACUUUGUCAUCUUCAUCACCAGAGAAGGAGCUUGACAGGAUUCGUAUUGAAUUUGUGAAGAGGGUAUCAGAAGAAAUCCUUAAACAGCUCCUUGGUGCUCUGGUAAGCGAUGGUGUCUUCAAUGAUUUGGAGAAAGAAUCAAUACUUGAGGAGAACAAGACCAGAGCAGAUAAGGCUCGUGACUUGACUAGCAAGGUGAAGAAAAAAGGAGACGAAGCCAGCAGGAAAAUGAUCAGAUAUCUCCGGACCAUGGAUCCCACUCUCUCCUCUGCGCUCCAUCUGUCCUUGUCAUUCAAUCCAUCUGCUCAGCAAGAGAUUAUUCAAAAAUGUCAACCUAAACUCAAGUCAAAGCUGAAAAAGAAGUUCCAGUGUCUGUCUGAAGGGAUUGCUAGAGCAGGAAUCAAAGCCCAACUGAAUGAGAUCUACACAGAGCUCUACAUCACAGAGGGAGGGACUGCAGAGGUCAAUGGUGAACAUGAGGUCAGACAGACUGAAACAGCAUCCAGGAAACCAGACAGACCAAAAACAACAAUCAGACAAGAAGACAUCUUUAAACUCCCACCUGGAAGAAAAGCACCAGUAAGAACAGUUCUGACAAUGGGAGUAUCUGGCAUUGGGAAAACAGUCCUCACACAGAAGUUCACUCUGGACUGGGCUGAAGGCAAAUCCAACCAGGAUAUCCAAUUCAUAUUUCCAUUCACUUUCAGAGAGCUGAAUGUGCUGAGAGAGAAAAAAUUCAGCUUGGUGGAACUUGUUCAUCACUUCUUUACUGAAAUCAAAGAAGAACGAAUCUGCAUCUUUGAAGACUUCCAGGUUGUGUUUAUCUUUGAUGGUCUGGAUGAGUGCCGACCUCCUCUCAACUUCCACAAAACUACAGUCCUAACUGACCCUAGAAAGUCCACCUCAGUGGAUGUGCUGCUGAUAAACCUCAUCAGGGGGAAACUGCUUCCCUCUGCUCGCGUCUGGAUAACCACACGACCUGCAGCAGCCAAUCAGAUCCCUCCUGACUGUGUUGGCAUGGUGACAGAGGUCAGAGGGUUCACUGACACCCAGAAGGAGGAGUACUUCAGGAAGAGAUUCAGAGAUUCAGAGCAGGCCAGCAGGAUCAUCUCCCACAUGAAGACAUCACGAAGUCUCCACAUCAUGUGCCACAUCCCAGUCUUCUGCUGGAUCACUGCUACAGUUCUUGAGCAAGAGCUGAAAACAAGUGACAAUGGAGAUCUGCCUAAGAGCCUCACAGAGCUGUACCUACGCCUUGUGGUGAUUAACCUAAGAGUGAAGAAUGAGAAGUAUGAACGAAGAUCUGAGACAGAUAAACACUGGAGUCCAGAGAACAGGAAGAUGAUCAAGUCUUUAGGAAAACUCGCUUUUGAUCAGCUGCAGAAAGGAAACCUGAUCUUCUAUGAAUCAGACCUAAAAGAGUGUGGCAUCUAUAUCAGAGAUGCCUCAAAGUACUCAGGAGUGUUCACGCAGAUUUUUAAGCGAGAUAAGUGUGAAAUGUUUUCAGAAACGGUCUACUGCUUUGUUCAUCUGAGCAUUCAGGAGUUUCUGGCUGCAGUCUACAUGUUCCACUGUCACACCAACAUGAAGACAGAUGUGCUGAAGAACUUCCUGGGAAAAGCCUGGAAACAUAAAAACAGUGUUGCAGUUCUGGAUUUGUUUCUAAAAAGAGUCACAGAAAAAUCCCUUAAAAGUAAAAAUGGCCACCUCGACCUGUUUGUUCGCUUCCUUCAUGGCCUCUGUCUGGAGUCCAACCAGCGACUCUUAAGAGGUCUGCUGGGUCAGACAGAGAACAGUCCAGACACCAUACAGAGAGUCAUCAACAACCUGAAGAAGAUGAACAGUUAUGAAAUCUCUCCUGACAGAAGCAUCAACAUCUUCCACUGUCUGAUGGAGAUGAAUGACCUCUCAGUACAUCAGGAGAUCCAAGAGUUCCUGAAGUCAGAGAACAGAUCAAAGAAGGAACUCUCUGAGAUCCACUGCUCAGCUCUGGCCUUCAUGCUGCAGAUGUCAGAGGAGGUUCUGGAUGAGCUAGAUUUAAGGGUGUACAACACAUCAGAUGAGGGAAAACGUAGACUGAUUCCAGCUGUGAGGAACUGCAGAAAGUUUCGACUUUCAGGCUGUGAGCUCACAGAGACUGACUGUGAAGUUGUGGCCUCAGCUCUGAAGUCCAACCCCUCCCAUCUGACAGAGGUGGACCUGAGUCUGAAUGUCCUAACAGAUUCAGCAGUGAAGCUUCUGUGUGCUGGAAUGGAGAGUCCAAACUGUCAAGUGGAGACUCUGAGGGACAUCUUUACACAGCCUGCACCUGGGUUCUUGCCUGGUGUGAUAAACCCAGCCUCUAUGGAUCUUGUGCUCACAGCUUGCUCCUGUGUGGCCAUGAUUAGUGCCUCUGUGCUGUCCUUCAGUCCAGCUUUGUCCAGCCACUGGUACUUGGUGGUCGCAGUUUUCCUAGCGGCCUCGUUAAAGUUCCCAUUUGCCUGUGGGAUCAGAUACUGCACAUGGUUUACUCCUAAACUCAAAAAGCUGUGGCUGGAAAAGAGAAAGGCGUUCAGAAGCGGAGACAGGGACUGCUACAGAGAGGCCAAGUACAGGUUCACUAAAGAAGUGGACAUUGCUAAACAUCAGCACUCUGAGAAGAUGCAGCAGCAGAUCUCAGAGAAUGACUCGGCCUCUGUGUGGCAAAGUUUUAGGAAUAUCACCAACUACAAGCCUAAAACCCCCCACUCCACUGACGACUUGCUCUUGGCCAACACCCUUAACAACUUUUACUGCCGUUUUGACGAGCCAUUAAGCAGCCUUCACACCUCCAACGGCCCCAAAAUAGAGACACUUUGGACACUCAUUCCCCCACCUCUCCCCCCUCCAUAG